AUGACGGAAACUGAAGAGGACUGUUUCCCGAGAGGAGGCAGGAGAGUAAAUACCACUUUAAAAAGACCAAAAGAAGAUGAUAAUCUAUUCUCAGACAGGGUACAAAAGAAAGCAAAGAAACCUAAGAAGGAUAAGAGAAAAGGCCCCACAGAAACCCUGACAGAAGAAGCUUUCCAUUCCUCCUUGAGAAUUCAAGGAAAUCUAUCAUAUAAUAGUUUAAGAAGUAAUAUGAUGAUUCUGGGUUGUAUUCGCCAUAUUUCAAAUUUUUCUCUGGAAGUUGAAUUACCUGGACUCACAUUUGGUACCAUUAAUAUAACUAACAUCUCUGACCCCUUUACAAAAUAUCUAAGUGCAUGUCUAGAAAGAAAUGAUGAGGAUACUGAAUCAAUCCUGACAAAAAUGUUCCAAAUUGGACAAUUCAUCAUGGUGAAAGUGGUGAAUGUUGAACAUGGGGAGAAGAAUGUCCUUGUAGAAUGUACUAUGAACCCUAGGGAGAUUUACAGUGAGAGAUCUCACAGUGAUUUCAAGAAAGGCUUGCUGGUGUGGGCUUCAGUACAAUCUGUUUUGGAUCAUGGAUAUGAGCUCAAUGUUGGAGUGAAAAAUUGUAGGGUAUUUUUGCCUUCAAAAAAUGUUGAUGCAGAGCAAAAACUAGCUAUAGGGGUUCCACUGUGGUGUACCAUACACAAAUGUGAUAGUUCAUCUGCUGCUACUACAAUGAGGGUCAGUUGUAAAGAACAGCAUUUGAAGGCUGGCAAAAUUGAAGAAAUAAGUAGUCUUGACCACUUGAUGCCUGGUAUGCAGGUAGAAAUCCUGAUAGAAAAGAUUACUGCUAAUGGCAUUGAAGGAAAAUUCCUGAAUGAUUACUUUGGCUUUAUAGAUGAAAGCCAGCUGAAAACACCUUCCAAAAAUUUGGAAAAUUAUCAGGAAGGAAAAUUGAUCACAGCUUUUGUGAUGUAUGUUGACCAUCCUACCAAAGUCACUCAUUUAACCAUGAGGAAUAUGGAUAUUGUUCCAACCCCAAGUCAUAAAAAUGGUGAAAUAAUUUCUGGUGAGGUUAUCUCAAGAGCUCACAAUGGUGUCUACCUGAAACUCUCCUCUAAAGAAAAAUCUUUCGUGACCAAUCGUAGACUCAUCAAUUCUCUGGGCAAAAACCCGAACCUGGACCUGUCGGAAACAAUCCGAUCGAAAUUCGAUGUGGGCACUAAGCACACGUGCCGUAUAUUGGACUACAAUCGCCUGUCUCGCGUGUACAUAUCCACUGUUGAGCAGUCGCUGAUCAGAGAGAAGAUUUUCAGUCCUUCUGAUCUGAAAUUAGGACAGCUCGUGAAUGUCGUGGUGGAAUCUGUGAAAUCUGACGGCCUGGUGGUGACUACUGGGCAUACAAGGGGUUUCGUCCCCAAUUUGUAUAUUUCCAAUGUCAAAUAUAGUGAAACCAUCAAGAAAAAGUUCAAGGAAGGAUACAAAUGUAAAGCAAGGGUUUUGAGCAUUGACGAAAACAACUUAUUGCUGACCCUAAAACAGAGCCAAGUAGAGGCCGAUAACGCUCUCAUCGACAUAAACAACGCCAAUCGUGGCGACAAAUAUACCGGGGUGGUAGUUUUGACCAGACCUACAGGAGCUCUCGUUACAUUCUACGGCAAUAUCAAGGGUUGGAUCAGCAAUAAGUUCCUCGAAGAUCAAGAGAGUCAAGAAACGCCUGAUCCCACUCAAUAUUUUUACAAAGGACAAGUGGUCAAUUUGUGGGUACUUGGUGUGAAAAAUGACAGGGUGAUUUUGUCGCUGAAACAGCCUGGGGAGUUCAGAGCUCUGGCUGAGAUCAGAGUCGGUCAGAAAGUGCAAGGAAUAGUCGGUAAAAUAUACAAGGACAGAAUGGAGGUUAAGUCGAAAAGGGGCAAGGCUAUCGGGAUAGUACCUGUGAAUCAUCUCGGAAGUACUUUAUCGCUGUGCCCAUCUCUACUCAAGACUUACAAACCCGGUGACGAAAUAAACGAUCUAAUCUGCAUUGACACCAAAUCUACGCCUAACAUUUUAUCGAGAAGGGAAUUUUUGGCGUUGGAGAGAAAUUCCAGACUGAGACUGAGAAAGCUGGAGAAGCUCAUUCCCGGAAACAUUGUCAGGUGUUCAUACAUCUCGGAUUGUGAAUCAGGAAUAAAUGUUCUUCCUUUGAUAUUGGACCAUGCAGAAAAUAUUCUGAUAAGAAAAAAGGAUAUUAUGGAAAGUGGGAAACAAAUGCCCAAAUUCCAGAAGUAUCAAAGUAUUGUGGGAAAAAUUCUCGAAAUAGAUCAUGAGCAGAAAAAAAUCAGGUUGAGUAUCAAGUUCACCGAUGUUUUCGACAAUUCCGUGGAGACGACUCUCGGACUGUUUAGUCAGCACUUGACAGAGUUGGCGCAUUUGCGACGAUUCGGGCGCGAAAACGAUUGGCCAUUGUGCCAGUACGGUCCUGGAGAGAGAAUUUCUUGUAAGAUCGAAAAACUAGGCGACCAAGGGGGUUGCCUGGUUAAACUGCCCAACAAUUCCAAUGGAUUGGUCGCUCCUAGAUUAUGUCCAAGUAAUAUAAAAAUAGGGGAAACUAUGACGGGUGUUUUUUUGUCUGAGGAUUUCAAGGACAAUUUUGUCGAAAUAUGUCUCAAGAAAGACGUCUCACAAAAAAUAAACAAAGCUCAAGAUGGCAGAAUUCGUAUUGAUAACCUAUCAUCCUGUAUAGUAGAAAACAUUAUUAUAAAAUCGUAUUCGGCUUUGGUAGUGUUGAAACAAGAAAAUGGUAACAAACAGCUCGUUUACAUCCCAAUGUUCUUGCAUGAAAAUGACUUUGAAGGCUGCAAGGCAUAUUACGAAAAAAGCAAAUUGAAAAUUUGUAUCUGCGGGAAAGUCGGCGACUAUCUUAUCGGCAUUAGCAAAAAAUUGUUCCUCACUUUAGAUAAAACCAAAGCACUGAUUUCCAAAGAAAAAGCUUUGAGACAAGAAAAGCAUUCCUCGAAAUUGGCUAACAUCGAUACAAAAAAUAAUCCUAAUCAAACCAGCAACGACUCUGAACCGGAACAUUCAGAAAACGAGAGUAGUUCAAAUGACAGUGCAGUAGAACUACUCGACGAUUUCAACAGCGAUCCAGGAAUUACUGAAAGUGAAGAAGAAGCCGAAUCAGACAGUAAAAUCAACACGGGCGCCACAAUAAAAUCAAAGAAGGACGAAACACGACCUGCAAAAAGAAAAUCAGAGAUAGACUCUGAAACUCCUGCAAAGAAACAAUCAAACUCAGACAGUGAAACUUCACUUGGUUUCACCGGAAUAACUUCCAGUUUCUUCCAGCCUGAAUCGAGAACCGAAGCUGACACGUCCUCGGACGAAGAAGAUGAGACGGAGGUGGUGAAAAAGAAGAAGAAGAAGCUGUCUGCGAAAGAACGGGCAGAGUUGGCAAGACUGGAAGAGGAGAGGAUUUCAAAAAUCGAAAAAGAAUUGGCAGAUUUGAACUCGACCCCCCAAAGCGCCGAUCAGUUCGAUAGAUUGUUGUUGGCCAAUCCGAACAGCUCGGAAUUGUGGACAAAGUACAUCGCCUUCCAUACGGCGGCUACCGAAUUCGAGAAAGCCAAAACGGUGGCCAAAAGGGCGUUGGAAUCGAUAAAGUUGACGCUCGUCGACGAACGUUUCAACAUUUGGCUGGCCCUCCUCAACUUGGAAAACAUGUUCGGCACUAAAGAGAGCUUCGACCAGAUAUUUGAAGAAGCAGUCAGACACAACGAUUCUCUUCAGGUGUAUUUGAAAGUGGUUCAGAUGUUGGCGGAUGGUGGAAAAUUGUUGGACAUGGAGGAGAAAGCGAAAAAAUGCAGGAAUAAGCACAAACAGGAGCCGACCAUGUGGUUGGAAUUGGCUAAAACCUACUAUUCCAUCGGCAGAUUCAAGGACGCCAGAAAUUUGAAAGAUGCCGCUCUUAAAUCCAUACAGGACAAGAAAACACAAUUGGAGAUAAUCGUUCGUUUUGCGAUAAUGGAGUUUAGGUUUGGCGAGGAAGAGCAAGGGGCUGCAGUUUUCGAGACGAUUCUGAGUUCUGAUCCGAGAAAAGUCAACAUCUGGACCACCUACGUCGAUCAACUGAUCAAAAAGAACAGGAUAGAAAAUGCCAGGAGGGUUUUGGAACGAGCUGUAUCCCAACGGUUGCCCCUGAAGAGUAUGAGAACCCUUUUCGCGAAAUUUAGGAUGUUCGAAGAGCAGCACGGCAGCCCUGAGAGUCUGGAAGCUGUCAAAGAAAGGGCCAAGGAGUUUGUUACAAAGUUUGCCAAUAAACAAUGA